AUGCUGAGAGGCCGCUCGGUCAUGAUGUACUCGGCCAAUGCGUGGACCAGAUUCUCCAAAAGUGUUGGGUCUAGAAACUACCGCAGGACGUCCUCCAAGAUCGCGUGUCUGUCAUCAGAUACAGACGCGCUUAGCCUGGCUUCUAUUCAGUCGCUCCCGUUCUCAGCCCCAAAUGCGGUACCAGCUUCGACGCCGAAACUUUCGAUCGACAAUAUCGAAAUCUCACACCGAGAGCACGCCAAGUUGCUGUCUCAAACUCUGCAGCUGGUGUUUGCUUCGGAAGUUUUGGUGUUUGCCGAGUACUCGGAGUUCGUGUGCGCUGUCGUCUAUGGCGUUUACACGCUCUCGCUGUACCACACGCCGUACGCCAAGUACAAUUUGUCGUUCAUUGGCCUGUCGGAGGGGUGUUUCUGGGCGUCAUUGACGAAUUCUGCUGUGUACUCGGUCUUUGAGGGAUUCACGCUGUUGUUUCUGUUCAUUCUCGCCCGAGCCAAGUACGGCUUCUCCACCUUCUACCAACUCGCGUUCGUGCUGGAGAAAUACUGGAUGGGGGUCCAAGGGAAGGUGAUCGGCAGUCUUUCGCUCAUAUUCAUCCUCAACACUGUGCACCACGGCACGUUUGUUAGCUUAGCAGCUGCGUUUGAUAUAUUUUGGUGA